AAUUGCCUUAAUAUUCACAGCUGUCUAAAAUAAAAUCAAGUCAAGAUCCAAUACUUAUUGUUCCGCUCAAUGUAUUGUUAUAUUCGGCUCGUGUUGGCAUUGUAAAGUCAGCGCUAAAGUCUGGGUGAAUAUUUUUAUCUCCCCAAGAUAAAUUUCACCACAGCGUCGUAAAACUUUCAGAUCGAAGGGUAUAUAAGCUUUUAAUCAGAGUUGAGAGCUAUCAAUUUCUUUGGGGUUUCAAUUCGUCAAUUGCUAAAAGUCACCAGAACUGCUACCGAAAUGAUGCAAAUCAAGUUUCUAUUUGCACUGUCUGCUGUCUUGAUGCUGGUUGUCCUGGGAGCGGAUGAAGCCAAUGCCGACUGCCUUUCCGGAAAAUUUAGGGGUUCCUGUUACGUGUGGCACAAGAAGAAGUGUAGAGAGAUUUGCCAGAGCGAAGGACGAACCGGUGGUCACUGCAGCCCCAGUCUUAAGUGUUGGUGCGAAGGAUGCUGA